AUGUAUCCGGAAAAGGAAGGGUUACGCACCCGUGACAUCGCCUUCAUUGCGCCCCCUUCCCCCAAUACUACUGCCCUGCGUGCGCACGGAGUCGACUCUAUCUGUUGUAUGACAAUUCGAUUAUCGUGUUCUCAUCCGCGAACAGCGCUGUUCAUCCCACGGGCUCAGUCGAUCUCAGAACCAUUGGAACGAAGAGGCAGCCAACUCAACCCUGGUCAGGUAGAUAGUGGUUUAGCAGGCCGAAGCCGUACCGAUAAAGAUUCAGGCCGUCAAGGGAUAAUUAUCCACGAGAAUAAGGCAGGCGAAGCGGAAUUCCCACAGAUAAACCGCAUGGUCGAUGGGUCGGUCAUGCGAAAAUCAGAGAUUGUUCAUUACUACUUCCCCCAACACGUCCACGAUACUCCGUGUCCGGCCCUUCGUCCUAUUUAUCUCCAGCUCUCGCACUCGGAUUCUGGCUCUCCUCAUCGCUUUCUCUAUACUCCUCAUAGAACCUUCUUCUUCUCCCUCAAGCAAUUGACCCUUCCCGGCUUGCUCUCCAUCCUCCAUUCCAAUCAGACUUUCCUCUAUCCUUCUCAAUCCGCUUACCAAACCUUUAUCCGAGAUCUACAAGGUCAUCCCCAAAGACUUGAGGAUAUCCGCCAAUCGACCGAUCCCCCACCUGACAAGUGA